UUAUGGAAGAAUACCACAUACUAGAAGAAAUAUGAAGCAGCAGCUUUGAAUCUUGAACAAGGGAAAUUGGCUACCCCAACGCAACUCAGCUUAACUCAGCCUCACUGAACUGAUCCAACACUCCCCAGGCUUGCUAUAGCUCUCUAAUCCUUAGAAUCUUCUUCAAUUCCAGCUAGAAUGCUGUGUCAGGCAUUUCACAGAUUUGGCCAAAAGCUGGUACACAGACGUCCACUGGAGGAAAAAGUAUUUGAGAUUUCCUUUGAAAGAAGCCUGAGCACUCUGGAUUUAGUGGCCCUGGGUGUGGGCUGCACAAUAGGCGCAGGUGUGUACAUCCUGGCUCGUGAGAUGAUCAGCAAUCAAGCAGGACCAUCCAUCGUGAUCUGCUUUUUGGUGGCUGGCUUAUCUUUUGUGUUGACUGGGCUGUGCUAUGCUGAGAUUAGUGCCUGGGUUCCCCAUUCUGGCUCCUCAUAUCUCUAUACCUAUGUCAUUAUUGGUGAACUCUGGGCUUUCAUCACUGGCUGGAACCUCAUCCUGUCCUUUACUGCUGAUACAGUUAUUUAUACCAUGACCUGGGUCUUAACCUUUGAAAACCUGCUUGGGAACCAGAUGUCUCAGACCCUGCGUGAAAGCAUCUCUCAGCAUGUUCCUCAAGUCCUUGCAGACAAUCUAGGCUACUUUGCUGUGGCCCUUCUGUUGUUACUUAGAGAAAUUGAAUAUAUGAAUUUUUAUGAGUUAUUCGCCCUUUCCAAAGGGUUCAUAUUCGUGAAAAUUUUGGUUCUCAGUUUUGUCAUCAUCUCUGGCUUCAUUAAGGGGGACCUGCACAACUGGCAGCUCACAGAAGAGGACUACGUAAAGGCUGGACUCAAUGACACUUCUAAGUUGGGCCCUCUGGGCUCUGGAGGAUUUGUGCCUUUUGGCUUCCAGGGGAUUUUCCGUGGAGCAGCUACUUGUUUCUAUACAUUUAUAGGUUUCAGUAUUAUUGUUACCAGAGUGAAAGAAGUCCAGAAUCCCCAGCGUUCUAUCCCCAUGGGCAUUGUGAUUUCACUGUUCAUCUGCUUUGUGGUAUAUUUUGGUGUCUUUUCUGCACUUACACUUAUGGUGCCUUACUACAAGCUUCAACCUGGGAGCACCUUGCCUGAGGCAUUUCUCCAUAUUGGCUGGGCCCCUGCCUACUACGUUGUAGGUUUUGGAUUUUUCUGUAGUGUUUGUGGCAUUUUCAUGGGCUUUAUGACCCCCAUACAGUGGGUGAUAUGCACGAUGGCAGAAGAUGGCCUCCUGUUUCCUGUCUUGACCAGGAUCUAUACCAGUAUAUACCCCAGAUUCAUGGCCACUGUGGUAUUUACGAUUAUUGCAGCAAUCACGAUAUUCUUCUUUGGAAUCACUGAUCUUGUGGACCUCAGGUCAAUUGGGACGCUGGUAUCUUAUUCUCUGGUUGCUUUUUGUGUUCUCAUCAUCAGGUAUCAGCCUGAGAUGCAGAAUGAGGAAAAUGAAGCACAGGUGCAGGAGGAGAAUGGACCUGCAGCAGAGAGGCUGACUCUACAGCGACUACUUUUUCCAGGUAGUUCCACCCCCACUCCACUCUCUGGCCGGAUUGUCCGUGUUUGCUCCUCACUGCUUGCUCUGCUUCUCAUUCUUCUUUGCCUGGUGCUGGCCCGGUGGCCAGUUCUGCUUUCUGGAGACCCAGUGUGGAUUUCAGUGGUUGUGCUGCUCCUGGUGCUCAUCACUGGGAUCACUGGGGUCAUCUGGAGACAGCCACAGAGCCCCAGUCCUCUUCCCUUUAAGGUCCUUGCUCUCCCUCUCCUCCCACUACUGAGCAUCUUCAUGAAUGUUUACCUUAUGAUGCAGGUGACAGCUGACGCCUGGAUCUUAUUUGGUAUCUGGAUGUUGAUUGGUUUUACCAUCUACUUUGGCUAUGGGCUCCAGGGCAGCCUGGUCACUAACCCCACUUAAGUUAGUUCCAAAACUAUAAACCUUGAACUCAACAGUUCCAGUACAUAUUUGGUUUAACGUCAUCACACUGAAAUGCAGUCUUGUCCCCUGCACAAUUAUGUAGGGUACUCUUAGCACAUGGAAAUCUAGGUUUCCCAUGGGAUGUUGAUGUGGGGGAACACUAAUAGAGCUUGUAGUUAUCGUGAAGGGUGUGUCUUUGCUCUUUCUCCUUUUUUUUAAAUUGUGUACUUUUUAUUUGUCUCUGUAGCUCUAUACUGGAUUUAAAAAAACGAUUAUUAAAAUAAACUAAAAAUUAUUUUGCUUUCUUUGUGGUAAUAUCCAGUGGUGGAAAUACUGGAUCAUUUGGCAGUUCCAUUUUCUAAUUUUUGAGGAACUCCCAUACUGUUUUCCAUAGUGGCUGCACCAAUUUACAUUCCCAACAAGAGUGCAUGACAGUUCCUUUUUUUCUACAUCUUCACCAAUACUUGUUAUUUUGUCUUUUCAAUUUUAGCCAUGGGGCAGGUGUAAUGUGAUAUCUCAUUGUAGUUCCAAUUUACAUUUCCCUGAUGAUGAGUGAUGCUGAGCAUGCUUUCAUGUGUGCUUUGACUUCUGUUUUUAAUUUUUUAAUGUUUAUUUAUUUUUUUUUUUGAGAGAGAGAGAGAGAGAGAGAGAGUGAGCGAGCGAGCAGGGGAGGUGCAGAAAUAGAGGGAGACACAGAAUCUGAAGAAAGUUCCAGGCUCCAAGCUGUCAGCACAGAGCCCGACAUGGGGCUCAAACUCACAAACUAUGAGAUCAUGACCUGAGCCAAAGUCAUAAGCUUAACCGACUGAGCCACCCAGGCACCCCUCUUGACCUCCAUUUUUAAAAUGGAUUAUUUGUGUUUUGGUGUAGAGUUGUGUAAGUUCGUUAUGUAUUUAAUAUAUUAACCCCUUAUUACAUAUAUCAUUUGGAAAUAUCUUCUGUCAUUUUGUAGGUUGUCUUUUCAUUUUUGAUGGUUUCCUUUGUUGUGCAAAAGCUUUUUAGUUACAUGAAUUUGAAAACAUAUGUACACCUAUGUUUAUUGCAGUGUUACUUGACAAUAGCCAGGAUAUGGAAACAACACAAUGUCCAUCAAUUGAUGAAUAGAUAAAAAAGAUGUGAUACACACACACACACACACACACACACACACACGGAAUAUUAUUCAGCCAUAAAAGUGAAAUCUUGUCAUUUGUAACAACAUGGAUGGACCUAUAGGGUAUUAUGCUAAGUGAAAUAAGUCAGCCUGAUAAAGACAAAUACCAUAUGAUUUCAUUCAUAUGUUGAACUUAUGUCUUAAAACAUAAAACAAAUGAACAAACAAACAAAAAGAGACAAAAAAGCAACCUCCCCCAGACUCUUAAAUACAAGGAACAGACUAGUGGUUGACAGAGAGGAGAUGGGUGGGAGGAUGGGUGAAAUAAAUAAAGGAACUAAGAGCACACUCAUCUUCAUGUGCAGAGAAAUGUGUAGAAUCAUAGAAAUAUUAUAUAGUACACCCAAGAAUAAUAGAAUGACACUGCAUGUUAAUUAAUACUUCAAAAAAUAAUAAAGGGGAGACAAGACGCCAGAAAGAGAUGAAAUACGGCCCCUGCCCUUAAGGAGCUCAAAUUCUAAUACAAAGGGUAAAGCCUAGCUGUAGCAUAAGGUAGAAAGUGUUGUCCUAAGUAAUAUGCAAAUAAAAUGUCCUGGGAAUUCAGAGUGGAGGAUGAUCAUUCGUGGAUGACACAGUAGUGAGGAUUGAUCCGUGAAAUCAAAGUAGACUUUGUAGAGGAAUGGCAUUUGAAUUGGCUCUCCCCAGGGACACAUAGGAUUUUUGCCACACAUGGGAAGCAGGGAGAGAUUGUAGGAAGAGAGAACAACUCUAGGAAAAGCAUGGGAAAAGGAAGCAGUGUUCAGAGCACACUGAACAUGUAGUGUAGCCUGAGUCUUGGCUGUAAGAGGGGGCAACAGAACAUGCACAGGUGGAUUGGAGCCAGGGCUUUCCUCUGACCACAAAGCACUUUGGCUUUAAACCUACUACCCAUACUGAAAAUCCCUGGGGCUGGUUCUUCUACUUGGCAAUAUCUGCAUUCUUGGACUUGAAAGUUUCUCUACAAUUGUCAGCUUUUGUCCACCUGCUCAGAAACACAGAGCUGAGAACCAAAUGUCCUGGGUUCUGGUCUUAUUUCCACCACUAAGUAGCCAUGUGACCUCGAGCAAGCCUCCCAGUUCCCUCAACACUCUGCUUAUUUAUCUGUAACAUGAGAGGUCAGAACUGAUCAUUUCUAAAGUUUCAUUUACUUAAAUAAUUCUAAGAGAUCCUCUGGUUUUGUGUCUUCUCAUUCUCUGAACUAAGUCUCUACUGCAUGUGAUUUGAACCAGCAUUCUGCCCACUUUUCACUACAACCCAUUCUUAGAGCUGUAGAGGUCUAAUAAAUCAUACCCCAUCUCUCCCUCUUAUGUUUGGAAACUAUUGAUAGAGACGGAUAAUUAAACCUUCAGCUUUAGAUCUGCAGCCUAAUUGGUUUGCUAAUACUGCAUCCCUAAAUAAGCUAGACUUACUCCUCAUCACAAAUAGUGCUGAGCACCCCCACCCUUCACCAUAGGAGAGAGCCUGCAUUUAUUAGAUUUUCUCAUGUAUGAACAGCUUGGAAUGAAAGUAUCCUGUGGGCAUGU